CUGGAAGCGAUGCAACAGCCCGGUCUGUUCCAAGCCAUUAAUAUCGCCGCCCAACUCCUGCAGUGGCACCCCAUCGAACACCAUGUCGUCCAUGGGCGUCCCAAGUGAUUGAUACCCUGGACUGUGCCUCCGAGCCUUCCUCCGCCCCGUUACCGGCCCAAAGCUAUCAGGAGCUUUUGCCCAGCUUCAGCCUCGACGGUUCACCCAAAUUGGAUUGUCAAAAGACGAGCUGGUAGCCAGAGGGUUGCAUGUCACUCCGUUGGCAACAUUGGGAGAAGACCGCGCUCCUGCCACAUCCUGUUGACCUCCUGCACAUUGUAGAACUGCUCCGGAACCUUGAAGCCACCCCAUUCUCCGGCCACUUGCAUGCACAGAUACGUCAAUAUCUCUUCUGUCCAGUGACCAGAUAUGAUCAAUGUCUCUCGAAUCAACUGAAACGCCAUCAUGCAGCUGGCGUGGGCCAAGGGGUCUCCGAACAUCAAACACUGCAGGAUGUGAUGUUCGAACAACCGUCUUCUCGACUGGGGGGUCAAGUCGUCCGGUAACACCAAUUGCAAAACCACUUGACCGGUUCCACGCACUGCAUUCCACUGCUCCUUGGUCGGUUGGUCAAUGACAGGGUCGACCAUGUCGAUAUCGUUGAAGAUGAAGUAGUCGCUCUCCGACAUGGCCCGGUAGACAGCUUGUCGGUGUCGUUCAACCAGAUUAUGGCGUUGAUUGCGGGUGUACGCUCGAUGUGGCGUCUGGCUGCUACGAACCGUGUUGUGAUCAAUUGGUCCAGGUAUCCGGGCUUUUUCACAGUCCAUCACCCAGUGGCGUUGAAUAUCCUCGAAGAGAUGUUCCUUGGUACAAUAGCGGACAUAGCUAUCUGGUCCACACGCAGGACAUAUGACAGUCGCAGGGUCUGAAGAGCAUCAGUGGGUCAACAGCCGGUACUCGGGAUCUUUCUGGCAGAACUUACCCCAGCAACUAGUCAUUCGCCGACAAUCCGGCAGAUCGCAUCUGAGUCGUGGAUCCAUGCUAUCGAACUUGAACGGUGCAACAGUGGAGGCAUUAGGCGCAGUGGCAGCGGUAGGUGUUGUCGCAUUCUGGAAAGUUUGUCAGCCUUUGGGACUCAACAUAUAAUUUCAGUACCUACCACUCCAGUGUCGUCAGAGUCCUCAAACCGGACACUUCGUAAGGCUUUCGAUGCUUCGUUCACGUCGUCAACGCCCGGACUGCUGGCUGUCUGCUUCUCUUCAUCGCCCUCUUGAGCUUCGUAUCGACCGUCUUUCUUGGCUUGACCUUCAACAGCAGGUUUCGCGACCGACGGCUUCUCUUUGCUAGAGGGUGCAACCUCCUGGGCCGUUGCGUUUUGUGUAUCUCCGAGAUCGAUGUUUCGAGCCGGGACACCGACCUCGGGACUUGCUUCCGCCUGGAUCUUUCCGCCCUCUUCACUGUUAGAGGCUAGGUCUGGUGCAAUAUUUCCCAGCUCCGGCCCACGUUCAAGGAGUGGAGUAGGUACAGGGUCAGAUGAAGCUUCUAGGAGCCUGUCAGUAUGUUUGGUAACCGCAAUCAUCUUCGUAAGUCCCACACACCUUGUGGAUGCUGGAGAGGCUGCGAACAACCUUUGUUUUGGGCAUUAUCACUUGUUCGGUCUGUCUUCUUUCCCUUCUUGCCCUUCUUGCCCCUUUUUGUUUUCUUUGGCUGGCGAGCCUUGUCACCGGCGUGUCCUCCCAUUUCUUCGUUAUCUGUUUGUCCCGGAGAAGGUGGCAAGGUCGCAGAAUCUGAAUGUGUAGGAGAGGAUCUGCUGGCUGAGGGAGUGCAGGCGCUGAGAUCAGGAGUGGACGCUUCCGCCGAGCCAUUCUUUUUGCGCAACAAUGCCUCAAGUGAUUGCACCGCGUGCUCAGUGCGACUUUCCUUGAUGAGGGAUUUGUUGUAGAACUCGGUACGCUUGAUGUUUUCUAUCAGGACAGCCGCUUCAUGUCGAUUCGCCCUCCACUUUUGGUGCUCCCGUGCAGCAGCAAACAUUCUAAUCGCCAUCAUUGUUAUCACAGCCAUAUCUCGCUAGGAAUGGUCAGCAUGUAUCAGUUCGCAGCCGAGGUUUGGACGCUCACAUAUGGGUCUUUCUUCACGAAUUCUCUCUUGAAGGCGGGACUCUCAACGUUCACAAACAUUUGAAAGGCAACUAGCUCCCAGGGAAGCUCGGUUUUGAAUACGUGGAACUGGUACUUGACCAGGCCGCGGUCCUUCAGCAUUGACCGAUCGAUGACACUGAGGAACGGCUCGACGCAAGGCGAAGAGCUCAUCGUUUUGCUUUUUCCAGUCAAGCUCUUGGAUCCCCUGGAUGCCGAACGGUAGAUUCAUACAGGAGAAGGCUCUGGUGCCGUCAUAUGCCUUGAAGAGGUGAUGUGUCAAGGCGGAGGCAAGCAGCAGUGUCGGGCGGGUGGUUGUGAUGCCCAGCAGUAUCCUCUGACAGAAACCAGCAAGGACAUCUUCUGCGUCCAGCGCCCCGAAGCCCUGGCCCAGGGUCCGUGUUUCCCACUGCCAGAGAUCAUUCUCCACAGAUAUCGUGGUUAUGUCAGAUCCAUUGGCGGCAACGACCAGGAUGAUCGAAUCCUCCAGAGACGAACUUCUGUGGACAAAAUACGCCCGCCGCUGGUUCAGUUCAGAGUCCAUGAGCCUGCUGGACGAGGCUUCCGAUGGGACUGCUGCUUGGACAGGAUCAUUGGGUUGAGUAUCUCUUUUACAGGUUAGCAGGAUCCUUUGACGAAUUCUGCGACUCUCUCACAUGGCCGACAUGCUGGUAGUAAGGUGUCUAUGGGAGCCUUUUGUGGUCGAAACAGAUUUGCAUGCGCCAUUACAAAAGAUCACUGUGAGAAUCACUCUGGCGACUUGACACCGCAUCCGCCACGGUCACAAUAAAACAAUCUGCACGUGAUGGUCAUAUUCAUUUGAAGCCGGUGUCCUCCCAAUACAAAUGUUCCUGGGCUACUUGAUAUCAUUCACAUAUUACUUAGCACAGCACAGAGACGUUUGUCCAUGCGCAGAGGUUUGCUAUGCUGGCGGACUGGCGACACAUGACUAGGACAAUUGCAAACACCAUCUACUAAGGAUGCAGCAGCAGUCGCCUGUAGGAGAACAGUCGACAAUGCGUCUAUAUCGGCUUUAUGGAUUUCACGCGCAAGGCCUCACAUACUGUAGCACGACGUCGCCCUUGAAACGAAAAAGGAGGGCAGCCUUAUGCUAAUGACACGCUAGGCCUAUUAAGAUUAGAUCCUUUCACACACCACGUGAUUAGUCUGAUUAUCACGUGAAGCCUUAUCUCUCGAG